UCGGCAGUUCUCGUCAAGACUUUGACGUCACAGGGAUUUUCCCAAGAAGACUACGAGUAGAUGAGUCAUCGCAGAGAAAUGAACAUCGCUACCCAAUCACAUUUCCUCUAAGCCCACGAUAUCUGCUACCUGUUUUACUGUGUUUUUAAGAUCACCAGGAAUUGGUUUCAUGAAAAACACAACUACCAUACUGGCAAAUACAACAAUCAAAAUAUUAGCCGUUUUUCAAAAUGGCGGACCCAGAAAAUCCGAAUCCAAAAAAGCCGAAUGACAACCAAGAGAAAUUAAGAGAGAGACUGGAAAUAAAAUUUCCUAACCCUCACAGUAAUUUACCCUCUACAUUAGCUAGUCUAGGAUACCCAACACGUUUAGAAAGGUUAUAUGGCAGAGUCCCGCCAGGCAGACCACAUUGUCCUAAUAUACAAUCUGCUGGAAAACUACAGAUUGCACCAAAAGAGUGUUAUAUGUUCACAUCAGAAGAUUUAACAGAAAUAGAAGAAAUAGGCCGUGGCAAUCAUGGAGCAGUUUCUAGAAUGGAACACAUAGCAAGCAAAAAAAUAAUGGCAGUAAAAAGAAUACGAUCAACCGUAGAUGAAAAAGAACAAAAACAGUUAUUAAUGGAUUUAGAUGUUGUUAUGAGAAGUAAUGAUUGUCCUUAUAUUGUACAGUUUUAUGGUGCAUUGUUUAAAGAAGGAGAUUGCUGGAUAUGUAUGGAAGUAAUGGACUCUUCUUUAGAUAAAUUUUACAAAUUUAUAUAUAAUGUUUUGGAAAGUUCGAUACCGGAAGAAAUUUUAGGAAAAAUAACAGUAGCAACUGUAAAAGCUUUAAAUUAUUUAAAAGAACAUUUAAAAAUUAUACAUAGGGAUGUAAAACCUUCUAACAUUCUGCUUGAUCGUCAAGGCAACAUUAAACUCUGUGAUUUUGGUAUCAGUGGACAGCUUGUAGAUUCUAUAGCAAGGAGUAGAGAUGCUGGCUGUCGACCAUAUAUGGCACCUGAAAGAAUAGAUCCACGAGCCUCAAGUAAAGGAUAUGAUAUUAGAUCAGAUGUUUGGAGUUUAGGUAUUACACUUAUGGAAUUAUCAACUGGUAAAUUUCCUUAUCCCAAGUGGAACAGUGUCUUUGAUCAAUUAACACAAGUUGUUCAAGGUCCUCCACCACAAAUAAAAUCAGAGGGAAGAUUCUCAGACGAAUUUGUACAUUUUUUAAAUGCAUGUUUAACUAAAGAUGAAAAACAGAGACCGAAAUAUAUCAAAUUAGUUGAGCAUCCAUUCAUUAAACGCCAUGAGGAGUUAGAAGUAGACGUAGCAGGCUAUGUUUGCAAUAUUCUGGACCAGAUGCAGGCCAUUUCCCCAGAUGAUCUCAUGGCUUCCUCAUCUUCAUGACAUCCUCGCACAUUCUAUCAUUUAUUCAGGGAUUAUAAAUACUGCAGAUUUAAAACUGCUGGAAUUCAUAAACGUUUUGCCAAGCUUCUGUUUAAUAGUUUCUCAAAGUUGAAAUAUGUAAAUGUAAUUUUUUAGAUCUUGAUACACAAAUGUAGUUGCAUUAUUAUUUUGUAGAACAUUUUAUCUAUGCAUAAUUUUAUUGAGUAUUCAGCCAUAUUCAAUUCAUUUGUAAUCCAAAUUGCAAAUUUGUAACCAUAUGUAUGGAAUUUGACAUCAGGUUCUUAAACUUCAGGCCAGUUAACUGUUUCCAUAUAAAACUUUGUUUUUGUACAUGGCUUCCUAUUGAUAUGUAAACUGUGGAUUCAUUUAUUUUUUGUGGAUUGAGUAAACAUUGUUUUUUGUGGAUUGAGGAAACAUUGUUUUUUUUGUGGGUACUUGAUUUUAUGGUUUUGUUAAAGUUUUUUUAAUACAAGCUUCAAGGAAAUAUGUACUUCCUUGAAUACAUAAAUUUAUAAAUUGGGGUUUCACUUACACCCAAGAAAUCCAUGAAAAUUAUAACUCCACGAAUUAUAAUGAAUCCACAGUAGUUCAUUAUACCUAAAUUGUCAUCCAUUUAAUUUAUUUAUAACCACUGAUAAUAAAUAAGUUUGUUUUUGUCUGUUGGAUAAGACAAAGAUUAAAUUCAUCCAUAUAUGAAAUCUGAAGAAAAACUAGUUGCAUUAUAUAAGAAUUGGGAAUACUACAACACUUUUUAAUCACCUUUCAAUCUCUUUCACAUCUGAUAUCCUAUGUUUACUUGUGGAUGGUUAUCGUAAUUGGACAAACUGGUUUCCAACGAUAAUUUUGAUACAAGGAAUUGUAAUUGACAGUAUAUUUAAGGGAUGGCUUAAGUCAUUUUGAGAAGAUAAGGAUUGGUUAAAAAAGAAGCACCAGUUUUCAAUUGUUUCUGAUACUAUGAGGGUGAAAUAUGUUCAAGUUAAAGAUGUUUCAAGCAUUCACUUGUAAGCUUAAACUUCUAUCCUAACAUUAAUAAUGAAGAAAAAUUAGGAUAACAUUUUCUAAAAGGAAAGGUUUUGCCUGACAGGUAUUUACUGCUCAUUGGGCAAUUUUAAGCACUGCAGUCAGUUAUAUGUAAUUUAUUUCCUUUCAAUAAUUAUAGAAAAAACUAAUGAAAUAUUUGGUUAAUGAAAACAAAGAUUAUUGGUAUGAAACUAAAUGAGAUAAGGUUGAAAAUUAAGUAUACAGUGAACUUUAACCUUUUAAUGGUGUGUUCGUUCAUACUCAAAGAGCUAGUCACUAUCAUUUGACUCGCUCUGUUGUGUGUCUUUCAUAUAUGUUUAUAAUGCAGCAGGUGUGUGGAUAUGUGUGUUGUGUAAUUGUUUAUGUAUAUGUGUGUUUAUAGAAAACUUGUUAUGCAGCAAUAUAUCAUUAUGAGCAGGGUUUGAGAGAAAGAGGCUUAAUUCUCUGUAAAGACGGAAUGGGGAGUGCUUGAUGUAUUUUUAAGUGCUAUAUAUUGUUAAUUUGAUUUAACAGCUGGACAUUUUACAUUUAUUUAGUACUUCUCUUUUGUCCAAGGAGAGUUAAAGAUUUUGUCAUUAAGAAUUAUUUAAAUUUUAGUUUGUUUUAGUAUAAAAUGUUGUCUGACAAUACAAUUAUAUCCGCAUACUGUACAGCAUAUGAAUUUCACUGUUACUUUUUCUGCAUGUAAUCCUUUGUCACUUAAUUAUCUUCUGAACUCUUUUUCAUUUAAGAGAAAAUCUAAGUUUGACAUAAUAGAACAAUUUAUAUUCACUAAGUUUUUGUUUGAGUUCCUAGGAAAGUUACAUAGAUAGAUCCAUAACAAAAUUUUAGUUGAUCUAGUUAUUUUCCAUAUUUUUAUGAUCUUUCAUUUGCAGUACUUUUUUACUGUCAAAUAACAUGUAUAUUCUCAUUGACAGUACUGACCAUUUUGACAAACAAAUUCAUAAUUAAGUUUCAAUAAAUCAGUAUCUAAAUUUUAUAAUUUCCAUGUUUAAGGUGGUACUUAACACUACUGGGAUAUAACUCUGUAAUAUCAGCUAAACGUUUUAAUUACAGUUCAUUGUGAAGGCAAUGUAAAUGCUAUAUAACCAGUGUAAUAUUUCUGAUAAAACACUUGGUUAAUUUUUUUUAUUUUUUUUAUAUUUUUUGUAAAAGAGUCAAAGAAAAUUGAUUUUAGGGAAAGUGUUAGGUACCACCUUAAGAGCUGCUUUUCUUGUAUCUCAUGGCAAGAAAGUUUUAUAGGUAUUCUUCAUUUUGUCAUUGGUGUCUCAUUUAUAAUUGGUUAGCUUUUAUAUAUUUUUUUCCCUCAGCUGUAAGGAGUCAUUGUGGCAGUGUAGAAGUUUGUUAAGCAGUGUGUAAACAUUUGGGAAAAAAACACACUUCAAGCAUCUAUGUUGGCAACUAUGCUAAAAUGAGUGUCCGGUAUUUAAAUUUUCUCAAUCAUUUUAUUUCAUAUCAUAAAAUAUAGAAAAAACGGUUGAUAAUUACAGUGUACUAAACUAAAAAAAAUGUAAAUUACGGAUCCACAUAGUAAUAUCUUUACACAUUUAUAUACAAACUAUUAUGCAUUUUAUGUCAAAUAGCUAUUUUAGUGUACUCAAAAUAUAACCAAAAAUCAUUCAAAUCUUUAUAAAUUUGCUCAACUCAUUCAUUUUAAAACUGUUUUCCCAUUUACUGGUAUCUUAAAUAAAUAAGAAUAAAAUAAGAUUUUAAUCAGCUAUUAAAUAGAAUGAAAUCUUUAGACAAUGAAUUUCCAAACUUUGACAUUAAACAUAUACCCCUGUGACGUUUAAAAAUUUGAAUGACAUGCACACUUGUGUUUUUCUCCAAUGGAAAGGUUUAUUGUAAUUUGUGCAUGGAAUCUUAUUUUUUGAAUAAGUAAAUGCUGGAUGAUGGAAAAUUAAUUUACCUAUUCGUAAUGAGAUUUUGUAGGUUGACAAAAAAAACACCCUUAAAGAAAUCAAUAUAAUGUUUUCUAUGAAUUGUUGUGUACAUUCAGUUACAAGAGUAUGAUCAUUUUUCUGUGAGAAACCCAGAAUGAAAAAUAAUCAUGAAGUCAUGUAUGCUAUGAUUGAAAAGUUCAGUUUUAUAUAUAAAUUGCAUGCUGCUAAUUAUUUUAACAAGUAUAGAUUUGAAGAGUAUUUUUCUGUUGCUGAAAUUUUAAUGCUGUUUUCAAUUAGUAUCAGUACAUAUUUACAACUUAAACAGUAAUCCUGAAUUUAAGAAACAUCAUGUCCCAUUUUCGAAUAAUUUUACCAGAAAUCAAACGCAUACAGUUAGUUCCAUACUUUUAUAUUAACUUGAAGAAUAUUAUAAAAAUGGAUUAAUGAUUUAACUUUGAUAGAAACAAAACUAGUCUGAACUGAAAAAGUGAUCUAUGCUACCUUAUCGUUAAAGUUCAGUCAAAUCUGUUUUUAAAAUUUCACCCUGUAGAUCUGCAAAAUCUGGCUGUACAAGAUAUGUAAACUUUAAAUUGAGGCUCUAAAUACAUAGGUAUUUCUACUGAGGGACAAGAAAAGGGGGCUGCUUGAUAGAGUUGACCAUUAAAACAGGCUUUACUGUAGAAAUACUUCAUUUUCAUUUUUACCUUAAAGUCACCAGCUAAAGAAAGGACUUUAAUGCAGUAAUAUUUAUGACGACAUUGUAAUUACCAAAUUUUUAAGCUAAAUAAUAGUAUUACCAGUAAUUUUAAUGAAAGUCUCUUGUAACAUACUGAUUAAUGUACCUACCUGAUUGAAAAAUAUCAGCCAGACAUUGAAAAUCUAGUAACAUAUUGAAGAUUGAAUUCUUUAAUAUAAAGAAAAGUUUUUACCAAUGUGAUGACUUGUAAGAUGGGAAAUAGUGCUAUUUUUAUCGAAAUAAACUUAUUUGUCAGUUAUGACAUAAAAAUAAAAGUAUACAUGAAA